UAUUUCUUCCCUUGAUCUCUCUCUGGCCGCCGGUUCCUUUCCUUCGUUCCCCAAGAAGCCACAGAAUCUCAGCUCAGAUCGGGGAUCUGCACGUUGGCGUUGGAUCCCUUCUCUCACUACCCAGCGUCGCCGUGUUCGUCUUCGUCUUCGUGUUGAUCUCGAUUUUUGUGGGUCUGCGCGCGCGUGAGGGUGCCCUCGGAGCUGUUAGAACCUAACAAGGUCUGUGGGGUUCCCCUCUUCAUUCGCCUCUGUUUGCCCGUAACAGAGCUUUCAUUUUAGGGUCUUGAUCUCGCAAAAUCCUUGUUCCUGUUUAGCUUCUUAGGAGGGUCGGUGGUCGGGGUCCUUCUCCGUCUGUUCUACUCGGUCUCCUGUAUUCAAGCUCUCGUUCUUCUUCUUUUGCUGGGAAUUAGAUCGACUAGGAAGCGCCUUGGCUCGUUUUGUUAUACCUUGGGGAAGUCUUCCGUUUCGUGUGAAGGAUCCGAGGCGGUUUGUAAUUGGGAUUGGGGAAAAGUUUGCUUCUUGCCUCUUUUCUCUUUUGGAUUCUGUAAAUUCUCGGGUUCCCUUUUUGUGAAUCCUUUUUGAUUUUUUUAUUGCAUCCGUUGGUGUUCAAUUUUUGGAUCUCCUUGAGUGUUGGACAGAGGUCCUCUUUGAUAGAGCUUGUUGUGAGUGGGUCUGUUUUUCUUUUACCUAUUUCACUCUUCUCUGAUCUUUUUGAUCACUUAUGCAUUCCGCGUAGUGUGGAGAUUUGGGAACUAUUUUCUCACUUAUGCAAUGAGGAAUUUCUUCCUCUCGGACUCCUACAAAGAGAUACAACUUCAUGCUCUUAAUCCCCAAUCAUGGCUUCAGGUGGAGAGAGGCAAACACUGCAAAUCUACUUCAUAUUCCCCUUCUUCCAUUGAAUCUCUUAUCAAGGUUGCCGAGCCUCCAGUUCUCAGUCUAUUCAAGCCAGUAGAUUAUGUUGAAGUCUUAGCUCAGAUCCAUGAAGAACUUGAGACGUGCACUCUACAAGAAAGGUCAAAUCUGUAUUUGCUCCAAUUUCAGGUAUUCCGUGGACUUGGGGAAACUAAAUUGCUCCAAAGAAGUCUUCAUUCUGCUUGGCAGAAUGCUAGUACAGUUCACGAAAAACUUAUAUAUGGGUCAUGGCUACGGUAUGAGAAACAAGGGGAAGAAGUUAUUUCUGACCUCCUUGCUUCCUGUGGAAAGUGCUCACAAGAAUUUGGACUUCUUAAUGUUGCCUCUCAGUUUCUUACUGAAUCUGUUGAGACAAUCAAUCAAUCUAGUUAUGAAAUUGAACAGAUUUCAACUAAAGUUUUCUUUCAGAUUAAGGGUGAGAUUAUAACCUGUGAAAGACAAAAGAUUGCAGCUUUGUCUGUUCCAUUUAAUACAAUGCUGAAUGGAUCCUUCACAGAGUCAAAUCUUGAAGUUAUUGACUUGUCUGAGAAUGGUAUCUCACCAGUGGGAAUGAGAGCAGUCUCUAAAUUCAGUGUUGUAGGGCGCUUAGAUGAUUUGUCAGUUGAAAUUUUGUUGGAAAUUAUGGUAUUUGCCAAUACAUUCUGUUGUGAAAGACUUAAAGAUGCUUGUGAUAGGCACUUGGCAUCAUUAGUUUCUUCACGGCAAGAUGCUGUAGAACUCAUUGAAUGUGCAAUGGAAGAGAAUGCUCCUGUGCUUGCUGCUUCAUGCUUGCAAGUCUUCUUAAGAGAGCUUCCUGAAUGUUUGAAUGACGAGCAAGUUAUAAAAACCUUCUUGAAUGUCAACAAGCAACAAAGGGCAACCAUGGCAAGUCAUGCUUCAUUUGCACUAUAUUGUUUGCUAAGUGAAGUCACAAUGAACAUCAAUCCAAAGUCAGAUAACACAGUAUGUUUCUUAGAGAAGUUGGUGGAAUCGGCAGAAAGUACUGGGCAGAAGCAAGUCGCCUUUCAUCAGCUUGGUUGUGUGAAGCUGCUGAGAAAGGAAUACAGUGAAGCAGAACACUACUUUAGUGCUGCUUUUACUGCUGGUCAUGUAUAUUCAGUUGCUGGUUUAGCUAGGUUGGCUUGCAUCAGAGGUGACAAGCUUUUUUCAUAUGAGAAACUUAGCUCUGUGAUAUCUUCCUAUCAACCACUAGGAUGGAUGUACCAGGAGAGAGCUCUAUAUUGUGAAGGUGAUAAGAAGCUUGAGGAUCUUGAUAAGGCAACGGAGUUGGAUCCUACUCUCACUUUCCCAUACAUGUAUCGAGCAGCUUCUUUCAUGAGAAAACAAGAUGCCAAACUUGCUCUGGCAGAAAUUAAUCUACUGUUAGGGUUCAAGCUUUCUUUGGAAUGUUUAGAACUGCGAUUUUGCUUCUAUCUUGCACUUGAAGAUUACAAAGUUGCACUUUGUGAUGUCCAAGCCAUCCUGACACUGUCCCCUGAGUAUCGAAUGUUUGAAGGACGUGUUACUGCAUGCCAGUUGCGGACGCUUGUCAGAGAGCAUGUGGAUCAGUGGACUACUGCAGAUUGUUGGCUUCAAUUAUAUGAUCGAUGGCUAUCUGUAGAUGACAUAGGCUCCCUUUCAGUAAUCUAUCAGAUGCUUGAAUCUGAUGCUGCAAAAGGAGUGUUAUACUUCAGGCAGUCUUUGCUUCUGCUUAGGUUGAACUGCCCUGAGGCUGCAAUGCGCAGCCUGCAGCUAGCUCGCCAACAUGCCGCAACUGAACAUGAACGCUUGGUUUAUGAAGGUUGGAUAUUAUAUGAUACUGGUCACUGUGAAGAAGGACUUCGUAAAGUGGAGGAGUCAAUCUCCAUUCAAAGAUCAUUUGAGGCUUUCUUUCUGAAAGCCUAUGCGUUGGCAGAUUCAAGUCUUGAUCCUUCAUCUUCUGCUACUGUUGUUUCACUUCUUGAAGAUGCUUUAAAAUGCCCUUCAGAUAGGCUUCGGAAGGGUCAGGCAUUGAACAAUCUUGGCAGUGUAUAUGUUGACUCUGGGAAUAUAGAUAUGGCGGCUGAUUGUUACAUCAGUGCCCUUAAAAUCCAGCACACUCGGGCGCAUCAAGGCCUUGCUCGAGUCCAUUUCCUUAAGAAUGAUAGAAAGGCUGCAUAUGAGGAAAUGACCAAGUUAAUAGAGAAGGCUAGAAACAACGCGUCAGCAUAUGAGAAAAGGUCUGAAUACUGUGAACGUGAACAUACUAAAGAUGAUCUACAAAUGGUGACUCAAUUGGAUCCUUUGCGUGUUUAUCCAUAUAGAUACAGAGCAGCAGUGCUGAUGGACAACCACAAGGAAAAAGAAGCAAUAGCUGAGCUGACGAGGGCUAUAGCUUUCAAGGCUGACCUUCAUCUGUUACACCUCCGUGCUGCAUUUUACGAACACGUUGGGGAUAUUGGAAGUGCUCUCAGAGACUGCCGUGCUGCACUGUCAUUAGAUCCAAAUCACCAGGAAAUGCUGGAGCUCCAUAAGCGCGUGAACAGCCAAGAACCGUGAUACUAUGUCACACCAUACCACAUGAUAUACCAGAUCCAUGCAGCUGCUCCUGAACUACAGCCUGGAUCAAUCUGUAUUUUUCUCUUCUUCCUUGCAGUAGUUCGGUACAAUCAUUGCGCUCUAGGAUAAGUUAUUCUGUGCAUGCAUGUAGAAUUGUAGCUGCUACUCAAAUUUUGGUAUGUCCAAAUGAGAUGAAAGUUCAGAGGCAAUCCAUAGUAGACAUGGAUCUACAUUUUUAUCUGUUUUUUACAUAAAUGUAAAUCUUAUUUGGCAUGUGUAGGUGAUGCCUUAGCAAGUGCAUGCUCAAAGAUUCAGG